AAGGCAGAGCGGCGAAAAGUUUCGCCAAGUGUUGUCAGCUUUGCGCCGCUCCACGUUGUUCCCGAACCCUCUCCGUCGCCCUCCCUCGUUAAUAUCACUCCGUCCGGGGCCCUAGACUUGCAACGCUCGGCCUGAGCGAUUGAUUUUCGCCGGGUUAUCGCGGAAACGGUGAAAGGUGGGAGGGAGCGAGCCGCUCGUGUGCGUCUGGGGGCGUCUGUGGUGUGUGUUGGUCGGCGGCGAUGGACCAGGUGCAGCGGAAGAGCAGCCUGAGGUCCUACGGCUCGGCCAAGUCGCUGUCGGGGUCGGACGAGCAGCCCGGCCUCGGCGACCGGCGGGAGGUCGUGCUCAAGAUCGACGGCAACGGGAACGGCCCCGCGCCCUUCUCCGUUCCCGUCGGCGGGGCGGCGGGUAAUGCCGGCUCCAACUCCGACGCCAAGCCGACGGCGAGCAGGACGUUGCUCACCGCCGCCAGCUCGCCGUCCAAGGGCUGGGACGACGGGAGCUACGACUUCUGGAAGAACGAGGGCGGCGGGAAAGGGGGAGGCCCCGCGCCCCGCGUCGAGGACUUCAGCUUCAAGAACCGGCCGGCGCAGCCGCCGACAUCACCGCAGGCAUCGUCCCCUUCGUUCUCACCGAAGCAGCAGGCGAGCGCCCCGGUGGAGGUCGCCGAGGACCCGCCCACGCGCCUCAUCGGGAACUUCCUCCGGAAGCAGAAGGCGGCCGGGGCCGAGCUGUCGCUCGACCUCGACCUGGAGAUGGACGACAUCGGGAGGUCGUCACACCCGUCCUUAUCCAACUCCCGAGAGCGGGAGACGCCGCGUGUCUCCUUCAAGAACCGCCAGUCGUCCUCGUCCUCUUCAUCCGACUCCGACACCGCCGGCGGCCGUAGGCGCGCCGGCGACGACGGAAUACGCAACACCUCCACUUCCACUCCAGCGGGGAAGGGCCCACUAAUGCGAGCCAAGACGCGCUCCCGGCUCAUGGACCCGCCACCGCAGUCACCCAUGGCCCCCCCUGCCGUCGACGAGGAGCGCAAGUCCUUUGCCCGACCUCCCAAGUCCGGCCAGUUUCCUUCGGGACGUAUGACCGGAAAAUCCGGCCAGUCUCCUUCAGGGCGCAAGUCGGGGGCCAUCGGCAAGUCGGGCCCCAUGGAGGAGGAGGAGGACGACCCGUUCAUAGACGACGACAUCCCUGACGACUUCAAGCGCGGGAAGCUGGACGCCCUCACCAUACUGCAGUGGGUCGGCCUGGUGCUCAUCAUCGGGGCAUUGGUGUGCAGCCUCACGAUAAAGCCCUUGUCCCGGAAGAAGGUCUGGGAGCUGCACCUCUGGAAGUGGGAGCUCCUCGUGUUCGUGCUCAUCUGCGGCCGCCUCGUCUCCGGCUGGGUCAUCCGGAUCGUGGUGUUCUUCGUGGAACGCAACUUCGUGCUGCGGAAGCGCGUGCUCUACUUUGUGUACGGCGUGCGCGGCGCCGUGCAGAACACGCUCUGGCUCGGCCUGGUUCUCGCCUCGUGGCACUUCUUGUUUGACGAGAACGUCCAGACCAACACGGCGGUGCUGCCCUACGUGACCAAGGUGCUCUUCUGCUUCCUCGUCGCCACGCUCAUCCGCCUCGUCAAGACGCUGCUGCUCAAGGUGCUGGCCUCGUCCUUCCAUGUCUCCACAUACUUUGAUCGGAUUCAAGAGGCAUUGUUCAACCAGUAUGUCAUCGAGACACUCUCUGGGCCGCCGCUAGUUGACGAAGACUACGUGCUUGCUGAGGUGCGCGAGCUGCAACGGGCAGGCGCAACCAUCCCGAAAGAGCUACGUGCCGCCUUGCCAGCCAAGAAUCUUUCGGGCCAAAAAAGCAUCCGGAUCUCGGGUUUAAUCUCUAAGGGAGACCAAUCAAGCAGGCAGCUGUCAAAGGAGAAGAAACAGCGUGAGAUUGAUGAAGGGAUCACCAUUGACAAGCUCCACAGGCUCAAUCAGAAAAACGUCUCGGCAUGGAACAUGAAGAGGCUGAUGAAGAUUGUUCGUUUUGGGACGCUCACCACAAUGGAUGAGCAGAUUCAGCAGGCAACGGGAGAGGGGGAUGAGUCAGCGACACAGAUUCGCAGUGAAUAUGAGGCGCAGCUGGCCGCCAAGAAGAUCUUUCAUAAUGUGGCAAAGCCUGGAUCCAAGUACAUAUACUUGGCAGACUUGAUGCGCUUCAUGAGGCAGGAGGAAGCCAUCAAAGCUAUGCAUCUUUUUGAAGGAGCACAGGAGCACUGCAGGGUCAGCAAGAGGUCUCUGAAGAACUGGGUGGUGAAUGCAUUUAGAGAGCGCAAAGCUCUUGCCCUAACACUUAAUGACACAAAAACUGCAGUUAACAAGCUCAACCAGAUGUGCAAUGUUGUUGUUGGCCUCAUAGUGUCUGCUCUCUGGCUUCUUAUUCUGGGCAUAGCCACAACACAUUUCUUUGUCUUCAUCAGUUCACAGCUUCUUGUGGCAGUUUUUGUGUUCGGGAAUACUAUGAAGACCAUUUUUGAGGCAAUUAUUUUCUUAUUCGUGAUGCAUCCUUUCGAUGUCGGUGACCGCUGUGAGAUUGAAGAAGUUCAGGUUGUUGUGGAGGAAAUGAAUAUCAUGACAACAGUCUUCCUACGUUAUGAUAACCUGAAGAUCUAUUAUCCGAACAGUGUGCUGGCCACCAAGCCGAUUUUUAAUUUCUACAGGAGUCCUGAUAUGGGAGAAGGAAUUGACUUCUCUAUUCAUGUUGCCACGCCGGUGGAAAAACUGGCUCUCAUGAAGGAAAGAAUACUACGUUACAUUGACGGUAAGAAGGAACAUUGGUACCCGGGUGCGAUGGUGGUCCUCCGAGAUGUAGAUGACACCAACAAGCUGAAGGUAUCCAUAUGGCUCCGGCACACGCUCAACUUCCAGGACAUGGGGAUGAGGUUCGUGAGGAGGGAACUGGUGCUCCAGGAGAUGAUCAGAGUGCUCAAGGACCUCGACAUCGAGUACCGGAUGUUGCCGCUCGACGUGAACGUGCGGAACGUGCCCCCUCUUCAGUCCACAAGGAUGCCGACGACAUGGAACUAUGCCUGAAGCGGCGAACGCGAGGGCUAGAAGAUACAGCAGCUACCUGCAGGAGCCUGGCAGCAGCAACUAUAGCGGAUAGCCAUUAGCUGUUAGUUAGUGUGCCUGCUGUGAUGAGUGUGUUGUGUAGUAUAACAAGCUUUCGUGCACUUGAUGAUAGGCAAUACAGAUAGUGGCCAUUGGAAAUGUUGAAAGCGGCCUGACGUUGCCGCUGCAACUUUUGUUGAAA